AUGUCAGAAAUAAAAAAUAGUAAAACAGUCAGCGAAAUUAAAGAAGAUAUAAAAAAGUUAAAUUUGGGACAAGUGAGUGAAUUAAUCGAAGGUUUAAAAGUAGAUUUUAACAUCCAAGAGACUGCUAUGGUUCAGCCUAAUGCUGCCCCGGCAGAAACUAGUGAAAAAGUCGAAACAGAUAGUAAUGUUUCGAUUAGAGUAACGGAAAUAAAAAAAGAUAAAGGAUUAGGUAUAAUAAAAAUUUAUGGAGCAAUCCAAGCCUUAGUUAAUAAACUAAAAAAAGAUGAAGGUCAAGACAUUAGCGUUAUUCAAGCCAAAAAACUGGCCGAAGAAGGAGAAAGAGUUAUUGUGGAAAAAGUUGCUCGAAAAGAAGCCGAAAUUGCUAAAAAGGAACUAAGCGAAGUUGGAGUUGAAGUAGAAUUAAGCGAAGUUAAAUAA